AUGUCGGGUGAUAUUUCAGCCUUUCAAACACUUUGUAACGCACAGACAGCAUCUCUUAUAAAAGUUUUAAAUUUGAAUAAGACAGAUGAAAAACAAAAUACAGAAGAUGAUGAGAUGCUAUGGUCAUUAACAGAUGAAGUUGUGUGGAAAGUUCUUAUUUUUGAUCGUUUGGGUCAAGAUAUUAUUUCUACUGUACUUAAAGUGAAUGAUCUUCGAGAUCAUGGUAUUACACUUUUUAUGCAAUUGAUGACAGAGAGGCAGCCUAUACCAGGAGUGCCUGCAAUUUAUUUUGUAGAACCUACAUUGGAAAAUAUUCAAAAAAUAUCUCAGGCAAAAUAUUUUGAUUUGUACAAUAAUCUUUAUGAUAGUGCUUAUGUUAAUUUUUCUUCGUCUAUUCCAUGUUCUCUUUUAGAAGAAUUUGCUUCUAUUACCUCAUCACAAAAUACAUCUCAAAUGAUUUCCCAAGUAUAUGAUCAAUAUCUUAAUUUUGUAGUUCUUGAACAGGAUCUUUUUAGUUUACGUCUUCCGGAUGUCUAUUAUACGCUUAAUCAUCAUUCUGUUUCAGAAUCAACGAUAGAGUCUAUUGUUGAUAAAAUUUCUUCUGGAAUUCUUUCAGUAUUGGUUACAAUAGGAGUAAUUCCUAUUAUUCGAUGUCCUUCAGGUAAUGCUUCAGAAAUGGUUGCUCAAAAAUUGAGUCGUCGGUUGCGUGAUUAUCUUUUAAAUACUAGAAGUGCUAGAUUCUCUAAUUCAUCAUCUUUUUGUCCGUAUCGCCGUCCAGUUUUAAUUAUUUUGGAUCGUACAAUCGAUCUCGUUCCUAUGCUUAGUCAUUCUUGGACUUACCAGUCACUCAUUAAUGAUGUUCUUGAAAUGAAGCUAAAUAGAAUAAGCGUUGAUGUUAUGGAAUCUAAUAAGAAGAUUAAAAAAAAUUAUGACAUUUAUCCUCAUGAUUUUUUUUGGGCAAAGAAUUUAAACAAUCCAUUUCCUCAAGUAGCGGAAAAUAUUGAUUUAGAACUUACUCGUUACAAGAAUGAUGCAAGUGAAAUUUCUAAAAAAACUGGUUUAGAUAUUGUUGAAUUUGAUACUGCAAGCAAAUCAGAAAACCUUAAAAUAGCCAUAACUGCUUUACCAGAACUUACAUCUCGGAAACAAAUUUUAGAUAUGCAUAUGAAUAUUGCUACUGCUUUAUUACAGGGUAUUAAGGAUCGUCAAUUAGAUAAUUGUUAUCAAAUAGAAGAAUCAAUUACACGACAAACAAAAUUCAAUAUUCUUGAAAUAAUACGAGAUCCGCAAAAGAAAGCUGAAGAUAAGUUAAGGAUUUUUAUAAUUUAUUAUCUUAGUAUUGAUAAUAUUAACAAAAUUGAUAUGCUUGAAUAUGAAGAAGCAUUAAAAAAGGCUAAUUGUGAUAUUAAACCUUUAACUUAUAUUAAAAAAGUAAGAGAAAUUACAAAAAUGACUAUGAUGAUAUCACCUCCUACACAAAACUUAAGUACUUUUUCACAAAAAAGUGAUAAUCUUUUGAGGGGAUUAAAUUCUCUUAGUAAUAUUCUUGCAGAUAAAUUUAAGGAUGGUGCUAUUACAGGGGGGCUAGAAAAUCUUAUUUCUGGUGUUAGAAAUUUUUUACCAUCUAGUAAAGAUUUUACUAUAACAAAAAUCGUUGAAAGUUUAAUGGACCCAACUUCAUCAAAUACCAGCAAAACAGAAGAUUAUCUUUAUUUUGAUCCACAAAAUCAUGAUAUUCAGCAAAGUCCAAUCCAUCGCCAGCAAUUUAAUGAAGCAAUUGUUUUCAUAGUUGGAGGAGGGAAUUAUUUUGAAUAUGGUAAUUUACUUGAUUUUGCUGCACGGUAUUCAGGAACAAAAAAAAGAAUAAUAUAUGGUUCUUCUGAAAUAUUAUCUCCAAGUGCUUUUUUAAAUGAAUUAAGUCGCUUGUCUUCAUGA